CUAAUAGUACUCAAGAGUGUAGCUAUCUGAUUCAUGAUUGACUCUGUCAUUAAUUAUGACAGGCUGUGUGUACAGCCUUAUAAUCUGUUCAGCACAUGUUUAUUGAGCACCCUCUCUUCCUCCUUCUGUCCUGGGUGUUGGAGAAAUGACAGAGUUCCUGUCCUCAGGCUGCUUACAGACUGGAGAAGGAAACAAAUGCCAGUGAGCAGUUACAUACACUGUGGUAUCAAGGCCUUCCAUGUUAUACCUGUCUGAGCAGGUCACCUCCAGUGUCUCUGGAAGGGAAAGGAGGAGGCAUAAGGGUUUGUUUGCCUGCCUGUGGAGGCAGGAUUGAUAGAUGUAGCGACUCCUGGUGGCCAGAAUGGAGUUGUGGCCAGGGGUAUGGCCUGUGCUGCUGCUGCUCUUCCUGCUGCUGCUCUUCCUGCUGCCCGCCCUGUGGUUCUGCAGCUCCAGUGCCAAAUACUUCUUCAAGAUGGCCUUCUACAACGGCUGGAUCCUCUUCCUGGCUGUGCUCGCCAUCCCUGUGUGUGCUGUGCGAGGACGCAAUGUUGAGAACAUGAAGAUCUUGCGUCUGAUGCUGCUCCACAUCAAAUACCUGUAUGGGAUCCGAGUGGAGGUGCGUGGGGCCCACCACUUCCCUCCCUCACAGCCCUACGUCGUGGUCUCCAACCACCAGAGCUCACUCGACCUGCUUGGGAUGAUGGAGGUACUGCCAGGUCGCUGUGUACCCAUUGCCAAGCGUGAGCUACUGUGGGCUGGCUCUGCUGGACUGGCAUGCUGGCUGGCAGGAGUCAUCUUCAUCGACCGGAAGCGCACUGGGGAUGCCAUCAGUGUCAUGUCUGAAGUCGCCCAGACCCUGCUCACCCAGGAUGUGCGGGUCUGGGUUUUCCCCGAGGGCACGAGAAACCACAAUGGCUCCAUGCUGCCCUUCAAACGUGGCGCCUUCCACCUUGCAGUACAGGCCCAGGUUCCCAUCGUCCCCAUAGUCAUGUCCUCCUAUCAAGACUUCUAUUGCAAGAAGGAGCGUCGCUUCACUUCAGGGCGAUGUCAGGUACGGGUGCUGCCCCCAGUGCCCACAGAAGGGCUGACACCAGAUGACGUCCCAGCUCUGGCUGACAGAGUCCGGCACUCCAUGCUCACCAUUUUCCGGGAAAUCUCCACUGAUGGCCGGGGCGGUGGUGACUAUCUGAAGAAAUCUGGAGGGGUGGGCGAGGCCCGGCUCUGAGCGCCCUUCCCAUCUACCCUCAUCUUCCUCCCACACCUGCCAGCCCAGUGGGCCCUGAAGCAGGGCCAAGCCCACUUCCUUGUUUCUCUUCUCCCCACUGUUCUCCUCUUUGGAAUCUUCAACUUCUGAAGUAAAUGUGGAUACAGCACCGCUCCUUGUCCCUUCCCAGGCCCCCCCCCCAUGGACUCUGUUGCCUCGGUGCAGUCUCCACUCACCCCUCCCCACCUCCUAUGCCAUCUUGUCUUUGGGACGGUUGCCUCCCCCUCAUCUUCAGUGGCUCACCUACAGAAAGGUGGGAACACACCAUCCUUUCCCCAGUGGACCCUCUGGACCUUCUUCUUUUGUGAUCUUCUCUCCCUCUCCACCCCACAUUGGCCAGUGGACUCAUCCAUUCUGUGGAACAAUACCCUACCACAAGUCCAUGAAUUCAGUGGACUUAUCCAUUCGUGAGGACUCCUCACACUGUGGCUGGAAGCAAUGCCUGGAACAUUCCUGGCUUAUCCUGGGAACACUCCUCAGCACCCUCACCCUCCCUCCCAUUGGAGCCUCCUGUCAGUGGAGGCUGGACUCUUCUCACUCAGAGGUCUCAUCCUGCCCAUACCCAGGUGCCCAGGGGUGAGCAUACUCCUAGAUGCCAGUUUGGUCUCCACAUUUCUGCUUCCCCCUAUCCCUGUGGUACAGUUCUUCAGUGGUCCUGGCCCCAACCCAGUCCCCUGCAGCCCUGCUGUACCAUUCUAACCAGACAUAAGGGGAAGAGGCAGACAUUAGGUGCUGCACUCACUUCUGCUCCCUGGGGAGUUGGGGAAAGGAGCUGAACCCUGGCUGGAAGGGAUGGGAGGGCUUUUAAUUUAUUUCUCUUUCUUUUGAGGCUUCCCCUCUCUGAGCCAGUUUUCAUUUCCUCCCUGUGGCAUUAGCCACUCCUGCCUCCCACCCCAGACCUGUGCCCAUAACUGGGAAGGUGGGCUGGGAGCAAAAGGAGAGGGUGGGACCCGGUUUUGUGUGGUUUUUAUUAAUUAUCUGGAUAACAGCAAGAAUCCGAGAAUAAAGAUUGAGAGAGAGAGAGA